AUGGGGAAAAUAGAGAUUGUUCUUAAUUCACUUCCCAUGAGUGGAGGAGAUGGCCCCUUCAGCUACUCUAAGAAUUCCAAUUUGCAGAGAAGAACAGCAAGUUUGUUGAAAGAGAAAAUAGACAAAUUGAUAAUUGGCAAACUAGAUGCGAAAACCCUAAUCUCUGACUCCAACAACAGAUUCCUUAUAGCCGAUCUUGGUUGUGCAACGGGACCAAACACAUUCUUUCUUGUUGAAGACGUCAUUAAAUCAGUUGAAACCAGCUUAGAAUCAAACUCCCUAAAGACCACAAAACCAGAGUUCCUUGUCUUCUUCAACGACCUCCCAAAAAACGACUUCAACACUCUCUUCACCUCUCUCCCUCAAGACCGGAGUUACUUUGCGGUCGGUGUCUCGGGUUCGUUUUAUGGCCGUGUUCUUCCUCAAUCCUCCGUUCAUAUUGUAGUGACGGUGGGGGCUACACACUGGCUUUCAAGUGUUCCAAAGGAGGUCUUGGACAAAAGCUCCAAGGCUUGGAAUAUAGGAAAGGUUCACUACUCUAAUGCAGCGGAUGAGGUGGUGAAGGCUUAUGGGGAGCAGUUUGGUCGGGACAUGGAGAAGUUUCUAGAAGCUAGGGCUAAAGAAUUAGUGAGCGGAGGUCUCUUGAUUGUUGGAAUGUGUGGGAUUCCUCAAGGAAUGCCUUUCUCCGAUCUUGCCGACAGUAUCAUGUAUACUUCCAUGGCUGAUGUUCUCAUGCAAAUGCAAUCCGAGGGUUUGAUCAGCGAAGAGCAAGUCGAUACCUUCAACAUACCGAUUUACUCAGCAUCGCCUGAAGAGGUAAAGGUUUUAGUAGAGAAAAAUGGCUGCUUCAUUGUCGAGUCCAUGGAGCUGAUGGAUCCCACGGCCUGGCUCAAACAGCCAAUGAACGAGGAGGAUGUGAGGCAAUGGAUGGUUUGCAUAAAGGCAACAAUGGGAUCUCUCUUCAUCAAUCAUUUCGGUGACCAUCUCCUCGAUGACAUCUUCGACCGUCUCACCGUCAAACUCGUGAAACUAACCGACAAGGUUGAAACUAGCUACCGUGACAAGGUCAUGUUGUUCUUUGCGUUGAAACGAAAAUGA